GGGUUUGCUUGAAGAAUAAAGAAGAAGAAGAUGGCUCAUUGACCACCGCGCCCAACUUUUUCCCAAAAGUUUUCACGGAAUUUCACGGGUUGAAAGCCAUUUCACGGGAGUGUGCAGUGAAAAAUCAGUGCAUACAGUGACACACCAUCCAAUCCACCAUUAGUGCAAUGUGCAAGUGCUGAAAAUCACGAGAAAAGUGCAACUUUUCCCCAGCGCGCAGCUUUCCUGGAGUUGGGAGUUUCUUUUUUUCCCCAUCGAAGGAUAUCUUUAGCCAAAACAGCAGGAAGGAGUAAAAUCAUCAUCAUCAUCAAAAAAAAAUUCUACGAAAGUGUAAUAGUUGUGUGCUGCCAUUGACAAGUGUUGUUACGUUAGACGGAGUGAGAAGGAAAAAGCGGGAAAGUCAACGAAAUUAAUUAUUUCUGAAUUGCGAUAUUAGUGUUUAAGUGAUCUUAUUUUUCUCCGGUAUUGAACAAGAGUAAUUUAAUACAUCAAAAGUGAAUCUUACAGAAGGAAAAUUUCUCAGUGUAGAGAGUUUGAAAAAUAUUAAGUAGGAAGGAGCAAUAAAAGAGCCCAUCAGAAUGUGGCGACAGAGUUUCUAUCUUGUCGCUGCAUUAUUCCUCACAGCAAAUGCACUCAUUCAUUCACCGCCAAGAAUAAUUAAGGAACCACCCACAGAUGAGCUACUAUUUCAGGUGGCACUGCAGACAAAUGAAAAUGAUAAACCAUUUAUCAUUGAAUGCGAAGCCGAAGGGGAACCAGCUCCAAGGUAUCGAUGGAUAAAGAACGGCAAGAAGUUCGAUUGGCAGGCAUAUGAUGAUCGUAUGUCCCAGCAACCUGGGAGAGGUACAUUGGUCAUCACGAGUCCACGUGAUGAGGAUUUGGGUCAGUAUCAGUGCUUUGCUGAGAAUGAGCACGGUAUUGCCACGUCAAAUUCCGUAUUCGUGCGGAAGGCUGAAUUGAAUUCCUUCAAGGAUGACACACCGAAGGUACGUGAAGCCCAAGAGGGGCAACCCUUCAAGUUGCAGUGCCAGCCACCGGAUGGUUGGCCAAAGCCAAAUGUUUACUGGUUGAUCCAGAAUGCCGAUGGGGGUAUUAAGAGUAUCAACAAUUCGCGUAUGACACUCGAUCCUGAAGGUAAUUUGUGGUUCUCCAAUGUGACACGGUAUGAUGCUUCGGAUGAUUUCUACUACGCCUGUGCUGCCACAUCUGUCUUCCGGAAUGAAUACAAAUUGGGCAAUCGUGUGCUGCUGCAGGUUAUGCAGACGGGUAUAUCGCCCACACAGAAUCGCCACGAACCCAAACAGCAGUACGUGACGCGAAAGAAUGAAGUUGCCCUGCGGGGGAAACGUGUUGAGAUGUUCUGUAUCUAUGGGGGGACACCGCUACCGCAGACGGUGUGGACGAAGAAUGGACAAGCCAUCCUCUGGGGUGAUCGUGUGUCUCAGGGUAACUACGGGAAGUCUCUUGUGAUCAAACAUGCCACCUUUGAGGAUGCUGGAACGUACACGUGCGAAGCAUCCAAUGGUGUAGGGAAUGCUGCUUCAUACUCAAUCAAUUUGCAAGUCUUAGCCACGCCAUACUUUACGGUUGAGCCUGAAAUUCAAAAUGCCGCCGAAGGGGAAACAGUUACAUUCAAUUGUGAAGCUUCAGGUAGUCCUGAGCCUGUGAUUAAAUGGAUUCACAAUGGGAAACCCAUCCAGGAGUCUCCUGUCAAUGAACGUCGCUCCGUCACAACAAAUAGCAUCACAAUUAGCAAUAUUGUGAAGAAGGAUACGGGAAAUUACGGAUGUAACGCAACCAAUUCUCUUGGGUAUGUCUACAAGGAUUUCUACCUCAAUGUCUUGGCACUGCCACCGGAAAUUGUGGAGCCACCACGACAGGAAGCCACCGUUGAUCGUCGAACUGUGACCCUUGUUUGCCGUGUAUUCGGUGCACCAAAGCCAGAAGUGAAGUGGAUUCGCAAUGGAUUGGAAUUGACGGGUGGGCGGUAUAAGACACUCGAAAAUGGUGACUUGCAGAUUAGUGAUGUGGCAUUUGCCGACGCUGGCGACUACACCUGCUAUGCUGUGAAUAAAUUCGGUAGCAAGGAAGCAAAUGGGACGCUAAUUGUCAAGGAGCACACGAGGAUAACGGACGAACCGCAAGAUUAUGAAGUAAUAGCGGGAACUCCAGCCACCUUCCGGUGCAAUGCAGUGGCAGAUUCAUCGCUUGACCUUACAAUUGAAUGGCUCAAGGAUAGUGAAGUAAUUGACUUUGAUAGUGAACCACGCUUCGUGAAAACCAACGAUUACUCCCUGACAAUCUCCAAGACGACUGAACUUGAUUCGGGCAUUUAUAUUUGUGUGGCAAAGACGGAAUUGGAUGAGGCGCGUGCCCAAGCGACACUUACAGUGCAAGAUGUACCCAAUCCACCCCUAUUGCUCAGUGUUAAGUGCAAUGCACGCGAUGCAACUGUGUCAUGGACACCACAGGGAGACAAUCGUGCCCCCAUUCUGCACUACACCAUUCAAUACAAUACCUCAUUUACACCGGAUACGUGGGAGGUGGCGCAGGAGAAGGUGCCAGCGACUGAUUUCACAUACUCAGUGUUUAUGAGCCCGUGGGCUAACUACACCUACCGCGUGAUUGCGUGGAAUAAAGUAGGACCAUCAACACCGUCGGGGCAUAGUGAGGUGUGCACAACGCAACCUGAUGUGCCCCACAAGAAUCCCGAUAAUGUCGAAGGGAAGGGGAGUGAGCCCAACAACCUAAUCAUUCGGUGGACGCCAAUGCCUGAAAUUGAGCACAAUGGACCUCUAUUCCAAUAUCGUGUUUUCUGGAAUGAAGAUAUUCCCGGAGCGCAGACAAACACGGAAACAAUUGGCAAUUGGCGUCAAGGGGAGUUGGUUGUGCGCGACCAACCGACAUUUAGACGCUACAAAAUCCGCGUUGUUGCUGUCAAUCGAAUGGGAGAAGCGAAUAUUAUUGCAAAUCCCGUGAUUGGAUAUUCAGGAGAAGACCGUCCAUUGGAAGCACCGAAGAACUUUACGCUUCUCCAGGUGACUGACAGCACAAAGGCUCUCAUGAGUUGGAAUCCCGUCUCUGAGGAAUCAGUGAGGGGUCACUUUAAGGGCUACAAAAUCCAGAUUUGGACACAAACGGAGGGAGAGGAGAAUCUCAGGGAAGUUCACGUGAAGGGUGACGCAACACGUGCUCUUGUGGACAAAUGCACACCGAAUGCGCUCAAUUUUGCCAAAGUUCUCGUCUACAAUAGUCGCUUCAAUGGGCCUCCCAGUGAAACGUUGUCCUUCCAGACACCUGAAGGUGUCCCGAGUACGGUGCAAUCCUUCGAUGCGUACCCAUUGGGAUCGUCGGCCUUCCUGUUGAUCUGGAAGAAGCCCCUCCAACCGAAUGGGGAGCUACAAGGGUACAAGAUCUACUACGAAGAAGUGAAGGGAACUUUCUUGGGACCCAAAAUGGAGCGUGAGCCACAUAUCAAUGAUCCGAGGCAGACACGUGCCAAAUUGGCAGGAUUGAAACCAAACACCAAGUACAGGCUGCACAUUACGGCCACAACGAGGGCUGGAGAAGGCGAAGAUUACUUCAUCGAGGAGAAAACUCACUCAGGCUUGGCCGUACCUCCGGAUGUACCCCAAUUUGGCUGGGAUCGCCUCCCAAGUGACAAUGGCUUGGCAAAUAUCAAGCUGACGUGGUUCCCGAAUCUCGAGGGUAAGCCUGGAUCUCAUUUCUUUGCCAAAUACCGCAUCAAGGGGGAGAGUCAGUGGCAAUCGACGGAUCCUCAGCUCGAUGAGGAUACCCUCAUUGUGCGUGGUUUGCAACCCGAAACAAACUACGAAUUCCGCGUUGUGGCCGUCGAUGGGGAUUAUUUGACGGAGAGUGGAUCACAGGAAGUGGAUACGUAUGGCAUUGAGGGACCAAUAAAGGUGCCCAAUGAGAAUGUUGCAACAGCAGGAUGGUUCAUUGGUAUGAUGUUGGCCAUUGCAUUCCUCCUGCUCCUCCUUAUUGUCAUUUGCAUCAUUAAGAGGAAUCGUGGUGGCAAGUAUGACGUACACGACCGUGAGCUGGCCAAUGGAAGACGUGAUUAUCCCGAAGAGGGUGGCUUCCAUGAGUACUCGCAGCCCUUGGACAAUAAGAGCCAAGGUAGACAAUCAUUGAAUUCCGCUCAAAUUAAACCCGGACCCGAAAGUGAUACAGACUCGAUGGCGGAGUACGGCGAAGGGGAUACAGCAGGACAAUUCACAGAGGAUGGAUCCUUCAUUGGUCAAUAUGUUCCUGGUAAAUUGCAGCCACCAGUUAGUCCACAACCAAUUCCACAUAACCCGCCACCAACCCAGGGAGGGAAUGUUGCAACGUACGUAUAAGAAACUUUUAUUUUGUAGUAGGAAAAAAAAAACAAUUUUCGAGGACGAAAAGUGAGAAAGAAAGAUUAAGAAAAAAAGUAAAUAGAAAAAAGAAAUUUCUGGCAGCCAUAUUGUUACAUUGAAUUAAAAAUGAUUAAAAAGAAAGAGAAAAACUUACAAGGAAAUUGAAUCUUUCCUUCUCACACAGAAAUUAUUUUGAAGAAACGACUACGAGUAAUACAUGUAUUUAUUCUUGCUCUAUUUUAUUGAAAUAAUAAAUAACAACACAUGACAAGAAGUCCAAUUAGGAUAAAACACUGAAUACAAAGAAAUUUGCGCUUAAAGUGCAAGCAAAACAUAAGAAAAAAAACUUUUAUUUAUUAAUGCCACACGCUCAUAAAAUAGAAAUCUAAAUUUCUUCAUCGAUUUACCUUUUUUUGUUGCAAAAAAAUGAAUUUUAGAAAUAAAGAAAAAAAUGCUUUUGCAUAAAUUUUAUGCAUUUUAUUUGUGGCUCUAACAUACGGAUACAAAAUGAAUGGAACAUGAAACGAAAAAGAAAAGAAAUCUAUUGCUAAUAUAUUUUUUAAAAAAAUAUUUAGUAAAAAAAAAAUGCGAACAGAAUUCAUCACAAAAAAAGGAAGAAAAAAUGUAUAAAAUGAAGUAAAAUUUAACUAAAUAUUGCUAUAAAAUAGAAAUUUAAUGAAAGGAAAAACUGAUGGGAAGUUAAAUAGGUGAAAAAAAGUGUUCUCUGCCUCUGUGGAUGUUGAAUUAAACGUAAAAGAAGAAAAUGAUCUGUAUAUUUGAAAUACAAUAUUUGCGUGGAAAUCACAUAAAUAGGAAUCUCAUAAUUAAUUCUUUUCAAGGGGACGGAUUUUCUGAUAAAUUUUAAUGGAUUUUUUCCUUUAGAGAGAUUUUUAUGUAAUUUCCAAAGCUUUCGGCUUCUAGGGAGCCUUCUUCAGGCCUUAAGAUUCUGAUAAAAUUCUCAAAAACUAACAGGAAAUAAACUUUGUGAAGUUUUCAAGUAAGUUUUCAGUUCAGCAAUCACCUGAAAAACUAUUUAACGAAAAGAAUUGAGAUUUUAUUGAUAAUUAGAGGCCUGAUGAAGGCUCAAAAAAACCAAAAGCUUUGGAAAAAAAUACUUAAAAUCUGUUAGAAGUAAAAAAACCUGAAUGAAAUGAAAAAAUCUUUCCCUAUCCCUAAGCUAGAAUUUUCCAUGCAAUUUACUUUUUUUUCUUUUGAAAAGGCAAAGGGAAAAGUUAUAUAUUAUUUUAAUUUCUCAAAGAAAACAAAAUGUCUUUUAUGCAGCUUUAGUUGUGAAUUAAUUCUUUUUUUUACAAGAUAUUGCUUAAGAAUGAUUAAAGAUAAAUUAAGGCAAUUUACUGUAAGAUGUAUUAAAAUCAUUUUUCUUCUCUUUAUCACAAAAUGCACAAAAAAUAUAAAAUUUCUUUUAAUUUUAUGAGAAAGAAUUCGCAUAGAAUUUACACAGUGUGACGCAAUAAUUGAUUUUUCAAUGAAAAGAAAAGAAAAAUAAAUCAUUGCAAAUGCACGAGAUUUUUUUUAAAGCCACAAUUGCGUGUGGUUACGUCUGUUGUAAAAAUAAAAAAUAAAAUAAAAUAAUUACCUGCAACUUGAUAAAGAAUUAAUAAAAUGAUAAAUAUUUUACUUUUUCCUGUGAAAAAAGAAUCACAUGCAAUUAGAAGAUAAAUAAUUUUGUUGAAUUAAUUUAAAUAUUGAAUAACUAGAAAUGCCUUUUUUAUUAUUUAAAUUAUGAUGACAAACAUUAUGUCCAAGAUGUCCUCAAAAACUCUUUUCUAUAUUAUGAAAAUGUUACAAAAGAAAAAAUGUGGUGGAAAAUGAAUUCGCGCAGCUUUUUUUAUUAUUAUUUUCCAAAUGACUGCAAAAUUAUUAUUUUUUGAAUUAAAAAAAAAUAGUUUUUAGAUGAAUGUUUAACGUCGUAAGAUAAACACUAAAGUGUUCAUGAUAUUUUUUUUUAAUUAUUAUUUUCUUCUCAUUAAAAAAGAGCUUUUGAUCUCCCUGUUCUCUCUACUUUUUCUUCGCCUUUCAAUGUAUUUUUAAUGAAAUUAUUAAAAUGAAAAAGAGAAAUCUCAAGAUAAAUAUUCUUUAUAAACAAUUUAAAAGAAAAGAAAAAAAUCUCAAUGUGAAAUUAAUAUUAAAUUGAUGAAAUAUAAAACAAAACCCUUUUAACGGCAGCUAAUAGAAAAUUAUGUGAGGAAAAAGUGUCACCUGCACUAUCUCAUUUCUCUCUGAAAAAAAAAAAAUAAAGAAAAACUAUUUAGUAUUUUAAGUAAACGGACAAAUUUAUUUUCCGCCAUAUAAUUAUUAUUUUUUUGUCAUCUGAUUAGACGUUAAGACAUUCUCUGUGUAGCUUUUUUACAAACAAAACUUCACGUCCUUUUUCUAUUAUUUUUUUUUAUUAAAACACAUAGAAUUUCACAAUCACACUCGAAUUUCGAAACACGCACUUUUUUUUUUUUAAUUUUUAAGAAUAUUGAGAAAAAAACGUCGACGGAGAAAAGAAAAAUAAAAUUUUAUUUUACUUA